AUGGACCCAGUUUCCCUUACCGGAACUGCUGUCGGUAUUGUUUCGCUGGGCUUAACCGUCUGUCAAAGUCUUGUGUAUUACUACAGCGCCUUCCGUGGAUACUCCGAAGACACACAAAAUGCGCUCAAGAAGCUUCAGAAUCUAAAAGAUAUCCUUACAGUACUUGAAGAUGUAUUGCAAAGCCAUGACAUCCUGCAAACAGAAACGGCCGCGACCAGGGCAGCUAAGCAGAAUAUUAUGGCCUGCAAAGGUGGCCUGGAACAAUUGAAAAGGCUAAUGGACAAGUGCAAGGCGAUGCCGGGCGAGCAGAAACGGGACUAUAUCAACAGAGCAUUGUAUCCCUUUCGGCGUGACACGAUCAAGUCGCUCCUCCAGCAUGUGGAGAGUCUUCAAUCAAACCUGGGCACAUCGAUGGAUAUUUUACAAUUGUAUGUUUGA